GAUUCCUCGUGCCGGUGUUUAUCAAGCUCGCGCACUUCGCUCCAGCUUCUGGUUCACGGUGAACAGCGAUGGCGAGCGCGAGACUCAGCGGUGCACUGUGCAGAUUUACAUCCAGUAAAUACUCUCUCUUCUCGGGGCAUGGACACCGGAACCUGUGCAUGACUUCAGCUUUACUGGCUCGUACCCAUGUUAAUUAUGAAAUUAAGGACGAUGUAGCGGUUGUUAGGAUCAACGAUCCGACCUCCAAGGUAAACACCCUGUCUAGGCAGCUGCAGACUGAACUGACGGUGGUGAUGUCUGAGAUUUGGGGAAAUGGAACGGUUAAGAGUGCUGUGCUUAUCUCCACCAAACCUGGCUGCUUUAUUGCAGGGGCUGAUAUCAAUAUGAUCAAAGCCUGUAAUAGUGCAGAGGAAGUGACCUUGCUAUCACAGCAAGGACAAAUGAUGUUUGAGAAGAUCGAGAAAUCACCAAUUCCCAUCGUGGCAGCCAUCAACGGGUCCUGUUUGGGUGGUGGCCUGGAGUUUGCAAUCUCAUGUCAGUACCGUAUAGCUACUAAGAGUAAGAAAACAGUUCUGGGAACACCAGAGGUAAUGCUGGGACUACUGCCAGGGGCUGGAGGGACUCAAAGACUUCCCAAGAUGGUGGGACUUCCUGCUGCGUUCGAUAUGAUGUUAACAGGAAGAAACAUCAGAGCAGACAAGGCCAAGAAAAUGGGGCUCGUCCACCAAGUGAUCGACCCAGUGGGUCCAGGAGUGAAGAGUCCAGAAGAAAGGACGAUAGAGUAUCUGGAGGAAGUAGCUGUGGGUGUCGCUAAAGGCCUGGUUAAUAAAAAAGUUACUGUAGAGAAAAAGAAAGGAUUGAUGCAGAAGCUGCAGGACUCAGUGAUGGGGAUGCCAUUUGUAAGGAAGCAGAUCUAUAAUACAGUCAACAAAAAAGUGAUGAAACAAACCAAAGGCCUUUACCCAGCACCUCUUAAAAUCAUAGAGUGUGCGCAGACCGGAGUGGAGAAGGGUUCUACUGCAGGAUACCAGACCGAGUCUGAGAACUUUGGCAAGCUGGCGAUGACAUCUGAAUCCCGAGCUCUGAUUGGUCUCUACCAAGGUCAGGUGGCCUGCAAGAAGAACAAUUUUGGCCAACCGAAGAGCGAAGUGAAGAAGUUGGCGAUCCUGGGUGCAGGACUUAUGGGUGCAGGUAUCGCCCAGGUGUCGGUGGAUAAGAGUGUGGCCACCAUCCUGAAAGAUACCACAGCAGAAGGACUAGCCAGAGGACAACAGCAGGUCUACAAGGGACUGAACGAUAAAGUGAAGAAGAGGGGCAUCACGUCGUUUGAGAGAGAUGCCACCAUGUCGUUUCUGACCGGUCAGCUGGACUACAGCGGCUUCCAAACGGCAGACAUGGUGAUCGAGGCCGUGUUCGAGGACCUGGCGAUCAAACACAAAGUGCUGAAGGAGGUGGAAGCUGUGACGCCUCCACACUGCAUCUUUGCCUCCAACACAUCAGCUCUGCCCAUCAGAGACAUUGCUGCUGUCAGCAAGAGACCAGAGAAGGUUAUAGGGAUGCAUUAUUUUUCACCAGUUGAUAAGAUGCAGUUGUUGGAGAUCAUCACUACUGAUAAAACCUCCAAAGACACCACAGCAUCAGCGGUGGCCGUCGGCCUCAAACAAGGCAAAGUUAUCAUUGUUGUGGGGGACGGUCCAGGAUUUUACACGACUCGCUGUUUGGCUCCUACGCUAGCAGAAGCAAUCCGAGUACUGCAGGAAGGUGUAGGACCAAAGAAGCUGGACUCCUUGACAACGGAUUUUGGAUUCCCUGUUGGCGUGGCGACUCUAACCGACGAGGUCGGAAUUGAUGUGGCAGCUCACGUUGCUGAGGAUCUUGGAAAGGCUUUUGGUUCGAGGUUCGGUGGUGGCAAUGUGGAUGUGUUGAAGACGAUGGUGCAGAAAGGCUUCAAGGGUCGUAAGUCUGGUAAGGGCUGUUACGUUUAUGGUGCGAAAUCAAAGGAUAAGAAGGUAAACUCUGGAGCUGAGGAGAUUCUGAAGACGUUUAAACUUCCAGCGCCCCCUGCUGUGUCUGGAGAUGAGGAUGUCCAGUACCGGCUGGUGUCCCGCUUCGUAAAUGAGGCCGUUCUGUGUCUGCAGGAGGGAAUCUUGGCUGACCCAGUACAGGGAGACAUAGGAGCUGUUUUUGGACUGGGCUUCCCUCCCUGCCUCGGAGGUCCUUUUCGCUUUGUGGAUUCAUUCGGAGCAGAUAAACUGGUUCAGAAGAUGAGAUGUUACGAGGAUGUUUAUGGAAAUCAGUUCACUCCCUGCCAGCUCCUCCUCGAUCAUGCCAAGGACUCCAGCAAGAAGUUCCACAAGUGAACUAGAACAACUUAUACAGUCUGACUGUCGACCCAAACCUCCUCCUGAGGAAGAGCUUUGUACUUGUUCUUAAAUCGUUCUGAAUGUUUCAACUACAAUUUACAUUGUAGCAUGAAACGAUGAAACGAAUAAUAAUAAUGUAAUAAUGUAUGUAUCACAAGGGGAAUGUGUUCAACCACUUUGUUUUGAUUUAACUAGCUUUCAGUGAUUAAAAUCACUUCAAAUCUUCAGAAAACCAUAUUUCAGUUUUGAAGAGACCUGAAUCAGAAACUCCUCACAUAUUUUUGUGUCACAUUUUGUUUAGUGUUUGGCUUCAGCCAGUUGCUUUCAACAAAGCCAGUUUUUGGGAAAUGUAAAGUUGUAAUUUGUUUUUUGCUUGAAUGUACGUUGGCCCCACAUGCAGCACAGAAUGAAGAUGACUGGGGACACCUGUGCUGAUGCUGUACAUAACACAUCUAGGCUCAUUAAAAUCAAACUGAAUUAACAUGA